CAAGAUGCAAAGAAAAUUCUUCGUUUUGGGUGAACUUUCUUCCUAACACUGAGAAAAGGUUCAGACGAGGGUUUGAUUGUUACUUCCGUUGGCACGUCUUGCUUCCGGUCCGUGGCAGCGCCGGAGUUUAGAACCCCAUUUGAGACUUCGCAUCUCGCAGCAGAAUGCCCCCCAAGAAGAGAGCGCAGACGAGCCCUGCCGGCGACGCCAGCAAGAGGUCUAAGCAGGGAAGCAGUCCGUCUCAGCGGCGAGAAGGAUCUCCUACUGACAGCCUGUCGAUGGAGUCGGAGGUCGUGAAGGUCAAGGAGGAGCUCUCGGGUCCCGAAACAGCCAACAUGAGUGCCAGCACUUCAAGUCCCAAGUUGUGGUGCCGAGACUGCGGCGAGGAUGCCACGGAGGACUGCGAGGACUCGGGCCACUCCGUGUGCUCCCUCCGCCAGCUGCGUUUGGACGAAGGGCCCCCAAGGGGCAGCGUCUGGGCAAAGUGGCGACGUCGGCGCGCGAGGUGGUGA